AAACUGUCAUUUUCGGAAGAUCAAGCGAGUCAGGUUAUGUUCUAAAUAUUUAUUUUGUGUUAUAAACUAUGAAUUCCUCUAUUAUAAAAUUGGUGCAAAAUGCAUCAUGUAUAGUCCAAAAGUCACCAAUAUUAGCGUCACAGUUCCACACUUCAUCAGCACUAUGUCGCGUUGUUUCGGGAAAGUACAGAAUUACAAAGAAACGAGACAGACCACUCACUUAUGAAAUGGCAAACCCACCUCAUUAUAUUGCUCACAGAAAGACAUGGAAUUCAUGGAAUACUUCAAGCUUGAAGGAUGGUAUUCGUCGGUCAGAAACAGCUUUGGAAGAUGAAUUCAUCAGAAGAUUUAUGAAUGGCACUUGGCAUGGCCUUGUUUGUAGUGAAAUAAUCAUUAAAAGGCAGUUCAACCACAUUCGCGUAGCGGCCAUCAUAAGAAGAGCCGUGUCUCCAACCAAAAUGUACUUCCUGUUGGGUUACUCAGAAGAGCUCAUGGCAAAUUGGUUGCAAUGCCCUGUCACAUUGGAGAUUCAGACCGUGGACAGCUUUAAGGAUGUCGUAUUUAAAUAUAUAUAAUUUAGAUAUUGUGUAAAUAGAUUUUAGUUUUAGCUGC